UUAAGGGGGGUGUUACUGUCAUGAUCCUGCCGCUCAAGCCAAGCUGUGCGGGUGCCAGCGCGGUUGCGCUGAUUGGGAGGCGCACACCUGCCUCAUGCGGGCUGAUUAUCCGGUGUAUUUAUAUGACCCCGAUGACGACUGGUCCGGGGCCAGUUUGAUGAGCUUCAUGUCCCGUUCGAGUACUCCCGUAUCCCUGAUCGACAACCCGUGUGGACCAACCUUCGCCUGUUCUCCAACCAACCCCGCCACAGGAGAGAACCUCUUAGUGGACAGUGUGCUGCAGAUGGCCUCUGAUGUGGAGGACACAGUGAAGCGCCAGGGAUGCAACUUAGAGGAUCGAUCACGCCUCCCUGCUGCCCUCUCCUGUCUAAAGAGUCUGACAGAAAGAGGUGGAGACCUGAGGCGCAAUUCCCCUCAGCACACUGAUGGCCUCCCUGCUGUCACUCAUUCCAGCAAACAGCAGCCCACAGUUAGCCAAGGUCGUUCCAUCUCCAUAUCCGUAAUUCCAUGUUGGGGUGACAACCAACCUUACCUACCGUCUGAGGAAAUGUUUGAUGCCUUUUCGCUGGACAGGAACACUCCGCCCACACUCCGAGCUUCUAAGAUACAAACGCCCAAAACGGCCCAUACACAACCACCUCAUUCCCGUAAGUGGCUGCAGCUCAUGCCCAUCUCCACUGGACCAGCACGAAGCAAGAGUCAUGACUUACAAAUGGUGAACCGCACUGAGGAGCCUACAAGCUACAAGGCCAACAAGAAGAACAAGGCCGUGGAUGCUAUUUACAUCAAUGGGAACAGUCUUGACGAUCCAAGUUUGCAUUCACCCCUGUUGUCUGCUCGCAAAGACGGCCCUCUCCCUGCAUCAGCCCCAUACACAAUGACUGCUGCCCCAACACCCCUUGACAAUCUUGCUGUACACAGGAGUUCACCUCAUACACUGAGGCGAGAUAUUGGCUUGGCUGUUACACACAGGUUUUCAACUAAAUCAUGGCUCUCCCAGACAUGCCAAGUGUGUGGCAAGAACAUGAUCUUUGGUGUAAAGUGUAAACACUGCAAAUUUAAGUGUCACAACAAAUGCACCAGAGAUGUUCCCUCUUGUCGGAUCUUAUUUCUCACAUUGCCAAAGAUACGAAGGGCAGAAUCAGUGCCAUCAGAUAUCAAUAAUCGAAUUGAUCACAAAGCAAAGAUUCCACUGCAGUUUGGCACAUUACCAAAGGCAAUAACCAAAAGGGAACCUCCUGUCCAGGUUGACUCCAGCAGUAACCCAUCAUCAGCUGCCUCUUCUACACCAUCCUCUCCAACACAUUCCCAGCAAAGCAACCCACGAAGUGUUAGCACCACACCCCCACUCAACACCUCUCCAGAGCAUUCCCAGGACAUCAACUUCCGCUUUCCAGAUGUUCCUGAUUCGAAGACUAAUAAAAGUCAGCAGUCUGAGAGCUCCAAUGACUCUAGAGCAUCACAAACAGCCAUUACUGAGACACAACUAGAAGGUGCUGAGGAAGACCAGAAGGCAGAUGAGGAUCAUACUGUUGGAGAUGACCAAGGAAAGAGUUUCUCCAAUGAGGACAUUGAUGAAGAUGGCCUGGAAGAUCUGCCCUCUCCCACCUAUCAUCGUAGGACUGUAGGGCGCUGGAGGGGAGGCAUCAACCGAAAAGCCAGUCAGACCAGCGUCUACUUGCAGGAAUGGGAUAUCCCAUAUGAGGAGCUGCAGCUUGGAGAGCUUGUAGGAAAGGGUCGUUGGGGGAAGGUGUUCAGGGGUCGCUGGCACGGUGAGGUAGCCAUUCGCCUUGUGGAGGUGGACGGCAAUAACCAGGAGCACCUGAAGCUUUUUAAGAAGGAGGUGAUGAACUACAGACAAACUAGACAUGAAAAUGUUAUCCUGUUCAUGGGCGCCUGCAUGGCCCCACCUCACCUUGCUAUUGUCACCAGUUUCUGUAAAGGGGUUCCUUUAUACUCUUUUGUAAGAGAAAGAGGUCAUUUGUUGGAUAUCAAUAACACCAGACAAAUUGCACAAGAAAUUGUAAAGGGAAUGGGCUAUCUGCAUGCCAAAGGCAUCAUUCAUAAAGAUCUGAAGUCUAAGAAUGUGUUCUAUGACUCCAACAGAGUAGUUAUAACAGAUUUUGGUCUAUUUGGGAUGUCUGGUGUGGUACAAGAAGGCAGAAGAGAGAGUGUAUUGAAGAUACCCCAAGGGUGGAUGAACUACCUGUCCCCAGAGAUUGUCCGUGUGAUGAGCCCAGAAGUUGCUGAGGACCAGCUGCCUUUCUCGAAAGCUGCUGAUGUUUAUGCUUUUGGUACAAUCUGGUAUGAGCUGCAUUUCAGAGAUUGGGCAAUCACCAACCAGCCUGUGGAAGCUAAAAUCUGGUUAGUGGGUAGCAAUGAAGGCAUAAAGAAGGUGCUGGCAAAUGCAAACCUGAGCAAGGAAGUUACGCGCUUUCCCGGCGGAAGGAGCUGGAUGAGCUGGUGGCCAGGAUGUGGAGGAUCCAAAUGAAUCCUGCCUGCUCUGGACCUACAGUUGAGAAAAUAAGUAUUUGAACACCCUGCUAUAUUGCAAGUUCUCCCACUUAGAAAUCAUGGAGGGGUCUGAAAUUUUUAUCCUAGGUGCAUGUCCACUGUGAGAGAGAUCAUCUAAAAAGAAAACUCCAGAAAUCACAAUGGAGAAUUUUUUAAAGAUUUAUGUGAUACAGCUGCAAAUAACUAUUUGAACACCUGUCUAUCAGCUAGAAUUCUGACCCUCAAAGACCUGUUAGUCCGCCUUUAAAAGUCCACCGCCAAUCCAUGUAUUAUCCGGAAUGAGAUGCACCUGUGUGAGGUCGUUCGCUGUAUAAAGCCACUUGUCCACCCCAUACAAUCAGUGAGACUCAAACUUGUAACAUGGCCAAGACCAAAGGGCUGUCCAAAAACACUAUAGACAAAAUUGUACAACUGGAAAUGGUUACGGCGAAAUUGCCAACCAGCUUGGUGAAAAAAAGGUCCACUGUUGGAGCAAUCAUUAGAAAAUGGAAGAAGCUAAACAUGACGGUCAAUCUCAAUCGGAGUGGAGCCCCAUGCAAGAUAUCCCGUUGUGGGGUCUCAAUGAUCCUUAGAAAGGCGAGGAAUCAGCCCAGGACUACACAACAGGACUUGAUAAAUUGACCUGAAAAGAGCUGGGACCACCAUUUCAAAGGUGACUGUUGGUAAUAUACUAAGAUGUCAUGGUUUGAAAUCAUGCAUGGCAUUGAAGGUUUCCCUGCUUAAACAUUAAAAGUUUGCCAAUAACCAUUUGGACGAUAUAGUAUAAAAGUGUAAAAGUGCAGGUGUCGGACGUUGUUAACCUGCUCCACGACCAAUCCGGUAUGGAAUUCUUUGGAUGAACACUCAUAUGUAUUUAUUUAUUCAUUUAUUUUAUUUAAGGUGGAUGAUCUUCCUGAAGCAGACCUCUGCAUUCAUCUGGGUUUGGACUGGCCUAAAACACCCGUAGGGCUGCAUUGAAUCCAUCUAUCCAUUUUCCAUACCGCUUAUUUUCACUAGGGUCCCGGGCAGGCUGUAGCCCAGUCGUCAGGAAUCUUUGGCUCGCGAGCCCUCAUAACGACAUACUGUACAUGUGAUUUCUGUUGUGCACGCAACACAAAUGACGUAGAGACAGUAUGUCCUAGUGGGGUUGCCGUAGUUUUCUGUGGCAGUCAAUGUGUGCAGGCGCACAAGGGUCAAACGCAGAUCGUGUCAGAAGAACUAAUUAUGGAAAUGCUUUUGACAAAGGUUGCGCAAAGAAAAAAAGCAGAGGAAUACCAAAGUUUUCAACAAGAAUGGAAAGCCUUUGUGGAGAGAGAAAGGGUUCUGCUGUGUAUCUAAAUUCACAGGGAGUAUGCCAAACCAUUCGGAUUUGAUGUGGCCAAUAAACAUUUUGACAACUUCCCAUAAAGACAAGAUAAUCAAACGAACAAAAGAUAUGCCUUUGUUAGCAAGAACUGUUCACCAUCGGACCACCGUGAUGGCAAAUCAAAUUGAAUUACGUUCAAAUUUAAUGGAUGGAAGUCUAAAUGCCUGCAUGAAGUCAUCUAACAAUUUAUGAAACAGACUAUAAAGCCAUCAGCAAAACCAUGCAGCACUAGAAGUUGCAUUAACGGAAAGAAGUACUUUUGUCAUUUAUCUUAGUGGUAGUGAUAACCUCCUCCUCUGUCUCCUUGUCAGAACUCACUCUGCACCUCUUAUGCUGCUGCAUCUGUCACCCCUUUAAUUGCCCCGUCGUCAGAUGGUGUCGAUAUCUGCCCUGCGACUGACUAGCGACAAGUUCAGGGUGUAGUUUGCCUUUCGCCCGAAGCUUGCUGGGAUAGGCUCCAGCUUUCUCGCAACCCUUGUGAGGAUAAGUGGCUUGAGUAAUGACAUGACAAAACUUUAAGAGCAGACAAGGCGGGCGAGUGUGUGGUGGAGCAGCAGCUUUUAGGGUGUUCGGUGUGUGCUGCCAAAGGAUUGAAUAAAACCCAACUAAAAUCCAGUUGUGACUCCUUUUCCUCAAUGUCGUUUACCAAGGGGAUUCCAAUAUGGUUGAUUUAGAAUGGUGAUAACUCUUUGCCAAGUCGCUCACUUGUACACCCUGCUCAUGUUUUUAGAUGAUUUCACGCUUUAAUUCCAUCGACAUCAUCUUCUUCUUCUUACCGCUUUCCUUAGCAAUUGCUUUCUUGGGGUGUAUGGGUGAAAAUUCACAUGUACUAUAUGCAAAAUUGGCGGCACGGUGGUUCAGCUGGAAGGCGUUGGCCUCACAGUCCUGAGGUUUAAUCCCGGACCUGCCUGUGUGGAGUUUGCAUGUUCUCCCCAUGCCUGCGUGGGUCCAGUUUCCUCCCACAUCCCAAAAACACACAACAUUAAUUGGACACACUAAAUUGCUCUUAGGUGUGAUUGUGAGUGCGACUGUUCGUCUCGAUGUGCCCUGUGAUCGGCUGGCAACCAGUUCAUGGUGUACACCGCCUCCUGCCCGUUGACAGCUGGAAUAGGUUCCAGCACUCCCCUCAACCCUUGUGAGGAUAAGCGGCCAAGAAAAUGGAUGGAUGGAUAAUUGCAAAAUUACAAAGUGCGAGCACAACUGCACAGAGAUGCUACCGAGCCAAAAUGCACAAAUGGAAAGAUUGACUGAAGCUGGAAAAACUGAGCAGAACCUGUGCAUUUCAGCAUCUUAACAACCGGCAGUCAUUUGUACGACAAAUAGUAGCUCGCAAGACAAAGUAAAUAAUUGUGCCAGCAGCGAGUCGUAUCUCGAAAAACUUGUAUGUCAAGGGACCACUGUAUUUAAUUUUUUGUUGCUCAAAAUAUGUUACAGCUACUGAUGUAACACAUGGUGCCGUUAUUUAUUGACCUUUAUACAACAUAUCAAAGAAGAGUUUCUGACAGAAACCAAAAUUUUGUUCCAUGAGCCAUAAACUAUAUGAAAAAUUAACGUCACUCACAGAGAUGACAGUUUACUAUUGUGUGUCAAGAUGAAGGUGAUGUCUUAACAUUCAUGACGUGCAUUUAGGUUCAGGUAAUUCAGGUAAAAUAAAUAUUAAAUAGACAGUUCUGCCCCUGCAGCUAAAAUAAAGAUAAAAUAAAAGUAUUCAAAAAUUACUUCCCAAGUGGAAAACUGUUAAUAAUAAUUGUCAUGUCAUGGUAGUUGCCUAAUGUCAUCAUUCAGUGGGAAAAGUUACAUUUAUUUAUCAACGUGAAACCAAUAAAGGUGGCAUGUAUCA